UCGGUGGCCCAGCUGAAGGCCGUGGAUCCUGAAGAAGAACCCCUCACGUACGGGAUUCUAGGAGAGGAGGCCAUGAAGUAUUUCUCUGUAAAUAAAGACACCGGCGUGGUCUGGCUUCGGCAGCAACUGGACCGCGAGACCAAGUCGGAGAUGCAGGUGGAGUUCUACGUGAGUGACAUUCAGGAGGUGAUCAAAGACACAGUAAACAUCCAGAUUGGGGACGUCAACGAUAACGCACCCACCUUCCACGGGCAGCCGUACACCGUCCACAUCCCAGAGGACACGCCGGUGGGCAGGUCCGUGUUCGUGGUCAACGCCACCGACCCGGACCAGGGAACCGGGGGCAGCGUUCUCUUCUCCUUCCAGCCGCCGUCGCCUUUCUUCGCCAUCGACGGAGCCCGAGGCACCGUCACCGUCAUCAAAGCGCUGGACUACGAGACCACGUCGGCCUAUCAGCUGACCGUCAACGCCACGGAUCAGGAUAAGACCCGCCCCCUGUCCCGUCUGGCCAACCUGGCCAUCACCAUCACCGACGUCCAGGACAUGGACCCCAUUUUCACCAACCUGCCCUACAGCACCAACAUCGAGGAGAACGUCCCCCUGGGUUACGAGGUGCGGAAGAUAACGGCCAUUGACCAGGAUCUGGGCCGACCCAGAGGCAUCGGCUACACCAUCAUCUCAGGGAACACCAACAGUGUGUUCAACCUGGACUACAUCAGCGGAUCCCUGACGGUGAGCGGACAGUUGGACCGAGAAAACCCACUGUACUCAGCAGGAUUCACUCUGACUGUGAAGGCCACGGAGCUGAAAGACGACCGUUCUCCGUCCGAGGCCACGGUGAAGACCACCUUCACCAUCCUGCUCAUCGACAAGAACGACAACGCGCCCAAGUUCAACAGCUCCGAGUACCGGGUCCGGAUCACCGAACUGGCCCAGGUUGGCUUCGCCCUGCCGCUCUUCAUCCAGGCCGAAGACAAGGACGAGGGGGUGAACAGCAUGUUCCAGGUGUUUCUGACAGGAAACAAUUCGGAGUAUUUCACCAUCUCCCCGACAGCGGUGCAGGGGCGUGCCGACAUCAGGAUGAGGGUGGCCAUGCCGCUGGACUACGAACACAUCCGCAGCUUCCAGUUCUCUCUUUUCGCCAACGAGUCCAUGUCAGACCACGUGGGUUUUGCUCGAGUCUUUAUCGACCUGAUCAACGAGAACGAUAACCGUCCAUCUUCAGCCGCCCGCUCUACAACAUCAGUCUUCCUGAAAACACUCCUGUCGGUACUUCGCUGCUGCGCAUCAUGGCUACAGACGGCGACGCGGGCACAUUUGGAGUGGUCCGUUACUACUUCAGCGACGAGCCAGACCAUCCUGACCCUGUUUGUGUCUGGAAGGUUUUCUCUGGACCCUGAGACCGGCUGGGUCAUCCUUCAGGCCGGUCUGGACUACGAGCUGAUGCGUCGCUUCACGUUGACGGUGUUGGCAAGGGACGGCGGCGGCGAGGAGACGACGGGGCGCAUCCGCAUCAACGUGUUGGACAUCAACGACAACCCGCCGCUGUUCCAGAAGGAGGCGUACGUGGGCUCGCUGAGGGAGAACGAGGAGGCCGUCCAGUCGGUUGCCCGGAUCAGGGUGAGUCGCACAAAACAACGCAUACGGAAAUGA